AUGUCCUCCUUGACGGCUAAGAAGCCCAUAAAAACCUAUUCACGGCGACGUAAACACUCCCUCCGCGAUGAAGAACCUUCGCCGAAACGAAGGCGCGUCGAUGCUAUAGUAGAGAUGAGCGAGAUGAUAGAAGCACAAGGUGCUACAUCGCUGCUACCGGGCAGUAUCUCAUCUCCCGUGCGUGACGUCUCUGCGCUCCCAACUUCGAGCCCCAACGAGCCGGCAGUCUUUCCAACUUUGAACCCCAAUGAGCCAGCAGUCUUUUCAGAUGUUCCACUCCAUUCCACUCCGCCAUCCUCCCCAUCGCGAAAGGUAUUUUCACCUUCUCCACAAGCGAGACGGCCACUAUUUCCAAUUUUCAAGCGUCAAUCGGAGCCUACGCCUCCCGUCAAGGAACCCCUCUCCGAACAAAGCCAAAAUAUCCAAACUCCUGCGCAACCACCGGCGCAACCACCAGCGAAGAAGAAGCGCUUAGUACAAAUGCAACUCGACCUUGCCAGCGAGGUCAGGAAGGCGUGCAAGACUUGUGGAAUGGAGUAUAUCCCAUCAAAUGCCGAAGAUGCAACGAUACAUCGGAAGUUCCACGCCAUGAGUGUCGGAGGCGUAGAUUUCACAAAAGCCGUUAUGGAGAAACUAAGGAAAAAUCAGGUCUGGGCGGGGGGGGACGGAAGCUUCAUCGCCGUCAUAAGGCGAAAAGAUACACUAGGGUUUCGAAACAAGGUCAUCGAGGUUCUGAAAGUCGUCAAUACGGAGCUUGCGGCCGUUGCCAUCCCAGAUGAAGACUUGUGGAGACAGAUAUCCAUCGCAGCAUCGACGAACGCGCAAGCAAAGGGUUGCAGCGGGCAGAGUACCGCAACGGGAAAGGGAGCGUGCUCUACUUGCGAUAGGUUUAAGACCUACCUAUACAUUCGCGGCCAGAAAUGUGUUGGCGCGUGCCUGGCAGAGAGGAUUCAGGAGGCUUAUACUGUAUUGGACCAGGAUGACGCGUCCGAGCCUCCCGGUCAUGUCACUGCCGAGUUCCAUAGCUCUUCCAUUUCCGUCAGCACAGAGACCGAGGCGGCCAUUUUGGGAAUUUCGCGAAUAUGGACUUCCAAUUUGCAUCGGAAGCACGGCAUAGCCACAAGGCUGUUGGAUUCCGCGAGGUCCGACUUCUUAUAUGGCAUGACUAUUGAAAAGGACCAGGUAGCGUUCAGCCAGCCAACGGAUAGUGGAGGUCAAUUGGCGAGGAAAUGGUUCGGCCGACAAACGGGAUGGCAUGUUUACAUCGAUUAA